GAGAAAAUGAAGAAGAGCGUGCGCUGGUCGACCGUCACCGUCUACGAGUUCGGCGUGGGCCUGGGCGGGAGCGCGGUGCCCAAGCACGGCGGGCCGUCUAUCGGCCUGGCCUGGAAGCCGCGCAGUGUGUGGAGCACGCCGCUGGACGAUGCCGCCAUGAUGGAGCGCGACGACAUGGAGGAGGACGACGUGACGCCCGCGCCACCAAGGACGACCAAGAAGACGAAGGAUUCCUCCGCUGCGCCCAAGCGCACGCAGCGGCGCCGCAAGGUGCGCUGGCUCAAGCCCCUGGAGCGCGUCACGAUGCUCACCAAGGCCGGCUGCAGCGAGAAACGCAUCUACCGCAUGAUGAUGGAGUCGUCCGAGAUCGCCAUGUCGCGGCGGCUCACGCUGCGUGUGCUGGACAUUUAAGCUUUGGCUUGUUCUACAUGAAAGGGCUGGGGAUUUCACCCAUUCUACCUGAAGGAGGUGGAAUCUAGCUCCUUCUACCUGAAGGAGUGACCAUGGAAGCUUUAUGUUGCGCCGCGAUGUUCGUAUCUU